AUGGUGGCAGAGGCCGUGGAUUCAAUGGCCAGCGCAGUGGACGCUCCCAAUCUGGUCGUUUUUUUUUUCAGCCAGGACAAAACUAUCAAGGCAGAGGCCAAUCACAGCAACAAAACAGUCAAAACUACUAUGCUGAGUCGCACUACAAUCAAGAAGCUGAAAGCUUUGCUGCGGAAGGUAGCGUUCCUGAAUGGAACCAAGACGGAAUGUCUUAUGGUGGAAUGCCAAGUGCCAAGCAGUACCAGCAUCAGGAACAAUAUUAUCAACCUGAAGAAAAUCAGCACAUUGGAAAAAUUUGAUGAUGCAGAUGGUCCCAUGACUAAAGAUGAAAAGGAGUUUAUUUUGAAUGAUUCUUUGCUUCAUAUACCUACGCCAAAACAAGACGUGAAUUCUAUGGAGGAUUUGAUGAGAAAAAAGAGACUUUCACCUACAUCUUUGGUGAUUUGGAAGACAAUUGGAGGAAUUGAAAGUGGAAAAGUUUUACAAGUAUUAUUUGAUUCAGGAGGAUCGCAUACGAUGAUCAAUGCAAGGGCGAUUCCUAAAGAUGCUAAGGUACAAAGUAUUCAAAAUGCAAAGAAGUGUACUACUGUUGCUGGUGAUUUUGUUUCUGACAAAUGUGUGAAAUUGCGGGACGGAGUCUUUCCCAAAUUUGACAAACACCGCAGAAUCGCAGGUGUCAAUGGUGUCAAGCCGAAUGUCUUCGAUUCGCCAACGUUUCCACAUGACGUCAUAAUCGGACGCAACCUUCUACACAAAAUGGGCUUGGAUAUCCAAUUUUCAAACGGACAAGUCAAAUGGAUAUACAAGUUCAUUCCAAUGAAGGCUCCAGAUCAUUGGCAAAAUUACACCAACUACUCAAUGGCAUUGGAUCGCGAUGUUCUGGAUAUCUACGAUGAUGAUGAUGAUGCUGAUGAUGCCUUUAUCAUGGAUGCGAAAUAUGAAGCUACUUCAGGUGCUGAAGUUGCUGACAAGCAAAAGCAUCUAACUGAAGAUCAGCGCAAACUUUUGGCUCAAGCGUUGAAGAAUACAGACAAGAUUUUUGAUGGUCAACUCGGCCAUUACAAGCAUGAGAAGGUUCACUUGGAACUCAUUGAGAAUGCGCAACCCGUGUUUUCAAAAGCGUAUUCUGUGCCGAAGCAACAUGAACCUGCAUUCCUCAAAGAGUUGAAACAUCUACAAGAGAUUGAAGUCCUUGAACGAACAGGACCGUCAGAAUGGGCGUCGCCAACAUUCAUCAUUCCAAAGAAGGACGGUAGGGUGCGAUGGAUCAGCGAUCUCCAACAGCUGAACAAGAAUGUCAAGCGUAAAGUAUACCCCUUGCCUUUGAUUGAUGACAUUGUUGCACGUCGUUCUGGCUACAAGUAUUUCACAAAACUUGAUUUCACAAUGAUGUAUUAUUCUUUUGAAUUGGAUGAGCCAAGCAAAAAACUUUGCACGAUCAAUACCCAGUACGGUUUGUACCAAUACAACCGAAUGGCAAUGGGAUUGAAACCGGCUCCUGAUUUUGCCCAAUACUAUAUCAAAAAAACUCUACGCGACCUAAAAGAAAAAGGUGUUGAAUUUUAUAUUGACGAUGUUGGCCUGUUCUCCAAUUCCUACGAAGAACAGAUGGCCUUGAUCCAAGAAGUGUUGCAGCGACUACAAGCUGCUGGGUUCAAGAUCAAUCCCUUGAAGUGCGAGUGGUGUGUCCAAGAAACUGAUUUCUUGGGCCAUUGGUUGACUCCUGAAGGUGUCAAGCCGUGGAAGAAAAAGAUUGAUGCCAUCCUCAAGAUGUCAGCGCCUACAAAUGUAACAGAAUUGCGUGCAUUUCUUGGUGCUGUUACCUUUUACCGCCACAUGUGGCCGCGUUGA